AUGGAAGGAAGAAAAGUAUCAAAAGAAAUAGUUGAAUUUUGUAAUUUAAUUGUUGGGACAUGGAAAUUAAAUGAACGUACAUUUAAUUAUCAAAAAGGAUUUCCAGAGAAAGAAGCGAAAAAUGUUAUAAUAGAUAUAGUUAAUGUAGAAGUAUUAACAAAUGAUUAUCGUAGAUUUUAUAGAUGGACAACAACAGAUGAUCCAGAAACAGUUAAUAAACAAAAUUAUCCAACAAUGGUAAUGGAAGUAUUUGGUAAAAAUGAAGGAGAUGAUUCAGAUUUUGAAUUUCGAUCAGAUGAUUAUAGUGAAGUUGGAAUUGGAAAAAUUAAUGGGAAAUGGAUGACAAUUAUAUUAGAAUGUAUAAAAAAAGAUGAACGAAUAACUAAAACAUUAUAUUAUAAAUUAGAAGAUAAAAACACAAUGUUAUAUACAUCAAUUUGUGUUAAUAAUUAUGGAAAAGAUUCAUUUAUUGAACAAGGAGUAUUAAAUCGAAUUUAUUUAGAUGAUAAUACUGAUUUAUUAAAACCAAAAUAA